GCGGUCCGCAGAAUCAGCCCAAUGGCUUGCCCACAUAUUGCGAACUCCAUCUGCUCGUAGUCAGGCACCCCACCCCACCGACGGCCAAGCGCGACUUAGACAGUACAUCCACAGACCCAGAACCACCCGCGAAGAGAAUCAAGACGGAAGCCGCGGAGGUGAAGCAUGAGCCUGGUACACUUGUCAACAGCGCCAACGAAGGUGUGCGCAGCAACGACCGAGCUGUGGGUACCGAAGGUCCUGCAGCUCUGCCAAACACCGCAGAGGGGCAAGCAGAGGCACCAACGACCAGCCAGCUGAUGAAGGCGGACGGCAUGAUCGAGGUCUCGAGCAUUCCAAACCCAUCAGCCCUGGCCUUGCUCUGCCGCUCAAUAUGUGGUGUCAAUUACACCACCGACGUAACUCCCGAUCUCACCAGCCCCAUGAACGCACUUGCUGGCUCAUGCUACACACCCUAUUCCGGCCACCUCGCGUUGGGGCAUUUGACUGACCGCAUCACACUGUACCCGACCCCGCCGAAGUAUACUCUCCGCUUGAAAUCAUCAAGUAAGUAUGAAUAUGCGUUGGCUAACUCCACCGAUGUUGUUGGCUCUAUCAUGAACCACAUCAGCACGAAUGGUGCGCGUCUGGAGGGAGAGCCUUCGUUAUGGCUGAUGCUGUACGAAUCUUUGAUGGCUAAUACGUCUUCGGCUGUGGUGGAAUUAUCGCGCGAGUGGUUCGGGUUGAUCUCGUGCCAAAAGGACUUUUACAACCGAGACAAAACGAAUUUGGUUUUAUCGGUGAUUAAACCGCAAGGAGAGAUUGUAUGGCGGAUGGAUGAGAAUGCCAAAGUAUUGUUAGAUAUCGAUCCGCCAUUACACCUAGAGCAACCCUCCAGCGCAGCAAACACACAAGAAUCGAGCUUUGGUCCCAAUGCGAGCGGGCUGGUGUGGAUGCAUCAACAAUCUAUCGCGGUGAGUAUGCAACUAAUGUACUGA